UAAAGUUGGAUAUUUGUACAGGUUGAAAUUAUAAUUUCUACCCUUGCCAAUGUCUUUACUAUAUUUUCAAUUUAUUAUGUAACUCACUUCAUGAGUAAAACAGUUUGUUUUCAUGUAAAACAACACAGACAUUUUCAAGUGACUACAGACUUUUUAGCCCUGUUGUAUAUCAGGACAGGAACAGUGUGAAUAUAAUGGGGAAAUUGUGCUCUGGUGUUUGAGAGUAUAAAGCAGGCAGCUCACCACAUCACACUACCUUCACUGUCUGCCACUAUGUCUUUCUCUGGAAAGUACCAGCUGGAGUCUCAGGAGAACUUUGAGCCUUUCAUGAAGGCCAUUGGUCUCCCUGAUGAUCUCAUCCAGAAAGGUAAAGACAUUAAGAGCAUCUCCGAGAUUGAGGAGACUGGCGACAGCUUCAAAGUGACGGUCACCACCGGCUCAAAGGUCCUCGUCAACUCCUUCGUCGUUGGACAGGAGGCAGAUCUGGAGACCCUCACUGGGGAGAAGGUCAAGGCUGUGGUUAAGCGUGAAGGCAACAAGCUGAAGGUCUCCCUAAAGGGAAUCGAGUCCGUCACAGAACUGGUGGAUGGGAACACAAUUGUCAAUACUAUGACUCUUGGCGGCAUUGUAUACAAGAGGACAAGCAAACGCAUGUAACUAUCUACAUUUGGGAUAAUAAAAACUUAAAAGGCA